AUGCUGAGCCGUUUGCGUGGAUCUGCGCUCGUAUGGGCAAUAACCCUGAGCUGCGCCUCCUGUUACCUCUUGUUCGGAUAUGACCAGGGCGUCCUCGGAGGCCUGGUGACACAACCAAGUUUACUCAACGCUUUGGGCAACCCUUCCGCAGGCUACCUCGGUACGAUCGUCGCGCUGUACAACAUUGGAUGCUUGGCUGGAUGCGUUAUCUCCGCCAUCUGGGGAAAUGUUCUUGGUCGCAAGCGAAGCAUUCUUAUUGGGUGUUCAAUCAUGGUUGUGGGAGCUACCAUUCAGACUUCUUCAUUUGGGGCCCCUCAAAUGAUCGCUGGUCGCUUAAUCACUGGUGUUGGUAAUGGCAUGAAUACCUCGACGGUCCCGGUGUAUGUUGCAGAGACCUCGAAACAGCACAGACGAGGAGCCAUGAUUGCGCUACAAUUAUCGGUCGUUAUUAUGGGGAUUGUCCUGGCCUACUGGCUGGAUUAUGCAAGUGUUCGCACGCUCUCAGGCGAGAUCGUCUGGCGUUUCCCUGUGGGCUUCCAGAUUGUAUUCGCACUGGUCACGAUGGCAACGCUGCCCUUCCUACCGGAUACACCUAGAUGGCUGUACUCCCAUGGGAGAAAGGCAGAAGCCAUCGAUGCCUUGGCGAGACUCAUGGAUACCACCAUUGACGAUUCAGCGGUACAGAACAUCAAAACCCAGAUGGAAGAUGCUUUACAGCUAGAGCACGCCCAUGAUGGAGGCUCGUUGAAGACUCUCUUGUAUGAUAAAUCGCCUGUUCGGAAGACCCGGCGCCUGGUUCUCUGCUUCAUGAUCUAUUUUAUGCAAAUGUUCACUGGCAUAAACGUCAUUGCAUUUUACGUCACAAUCGUGCUGGAAGUUAAUGUCGGUCUGUCAAAAGAAACGAGUAGUCUCGUCGCCGGUUUCGUGCAGAUGGCCUUCUGGCUGGGCACACUACCACCCAUCUACAUGCUUGACAAAUAUGGUCGUCGCAAAACCAUGCUGUGGGGUUCUGUUGCUCUCUCCAUAUCCAUGAUUCUAUUCACUAUUGGUAUCGCCUUGAACACACCAGCAACAAACCGACUUGCGCUGGCCAUGUUGUUUGUUUAUGAGAUUUCUUUCGGGAUGUCUUGGAACAGCAUGCCGUGGUUGUAUGCUGCCGAAAUUACGCCGCUGGAGAUCCGCCAUAUUGGUGGCGCCGUUGGGCCGUUCUCUGAAUGGCUUUGGACCUUUGUGAUUGUUAUCAUGACCCCAGCCGCGGUUGAGAACACUGGUUGGAGGAUAUACAUUUUAUUUUGUGUCAUGCUUGUCUUGUCAAUCCCAUUCGUCUACUUCUUCUUGCCUGAGACCGCCAACAAGACAUUGGAAGAGAUAGACUUGAUCUUCCUUACAACGGAGGAGAAGGCCGACCUAGAACUAAGCCUCGCGCAUCCUGAUCAGGUCGCAAUCGCGACACAGUACACCGGAAGUGAGAACACCGCUACAGAUACGAAGUACACGGAGGCUACUCAACUCAGGGCUACCAAAUCGCCUUAA